AUGGAGCGGAAGGAAGACGGUGCCACGCGGUUUCGAGUGCAGGUGCAGCGCAAUGGCGGCCCGCAGCAGGGAGGCAAGGUGGUGCUGGUGACUGAGGGCCAGGCCUACGCGUUGGUGCUCGACGCCGUGGCGACCAAGCUCGGUCUCGACCGCGCCACAGUGAAGCUCUUCACUGCCGAGGGCGGCCUGGUGGAGGACACCGACGAGCUGUGCCCCGACGACUUCCUCUUCGCGGCCCACCAGGGCGAAGCCUUCGGCCAUCCCACCUCAGCCAGCAACCAAGUGAGAGAUGACAGCGCCGCUGGAGCGCCGAAGGAGCCGGAGGUGGUGCAAGAGACUGUGCCGCCAGCCACGGCAACGACCGCCGCUGCUGUAUCGGGGUCGUCCUCUUCGUCGUCGUCAUCGCUGCGGCCGCCGACGCUCUAUCUGCUCUCGCCGGAGGCCGGUGGACAGGGAGCGCGGCCGAGGAAGAAGAGGACCGCCAAGAGCAAGAAGCCCUUGUCGCCCGAGGAGCUGGCCGAAGCUGAGCCCGAGGAGGGAUUACACAUCACAGAGGAGACGCUGCCGCCUCUCGUGGACGAUGAGCAACGGAAGAUCGAAGCGCGCAAGAACCUGCGACCGGGUGGACGCCCGCUGGCCGAUGGCUGCUUUACGGUGGAGCUCGACCUGUCGCACUUCGUGCGUGUGCACGAGGAGCGUAACCAGAAGACCCUCAUGAUCAUUGUCGCCGACAGGAGCGGCUCGAUGAAGGGCAGGCCCUGGCGCCAGGUCCAAAUCGCACUCAUCCAAAUCAUGGAGCAUAUCUACUCUACGGAGGACGAGAGCUCGAUGAUCGUGGAGGUGGUGGUGUAUAACCACGAAGCCACCUCGCUGGCCCUCACAAAGGAGACCUACAAGGAUGUCAUCAACCAGACCCAGGCCAGCGCCAAGACCUGCUUUGCCUCCACGUUCGAUUGCAUCCGCGGGCUGAUGGACAAGUACACCACCAAGGACAGCAAUGUCGACAAGAUUGUGGUGGGCUUCAUGACGGACGGUCAGCACACCAGCGGGAAAGACCUUCGUGCGGCCUCCAUUGCGCUGCGCGACAAGAUCAAGGCGCUGAACAGGGAGGUGGUCAUCCACGCGAUCGGCUUCUCGGACGACCACAACUUCCGCCUGCUGAACGACCUCCGGAAACUCGGAACCAAGGAGGGCGUGUUUCAGUACGCCGAGGCUGCCGACGGCGAGGAGGCGCUGCUCGAGAAGAUCCAGCAGCUGUUCAACCUGGUCAACUCCUCCAUCGGCGACGCGACGAUCACGUUCGAGUUUGUGGACCCGCGCUACUCGUUUGUCGACGGCUUCUCGGCGCCGGUCACCCUGCGCCGAAAGUGCACGUCGGUGGUGCCCAUCCCACGCGAGGGUAAGGUCGAGCUCGAGCUGUGGCUGCGCAGGGACGACUCGGCCGCCGAUUCGGCCGACAAGGGCAAGGCGGCGGACGAAGGCACCGCCACCAGGGUCUACGUCCUGUGCAAAGUCGAGUCCAAGGAGGGUGUGCUGGGCAACAAGGUCGAGGUCAACGUGGAGAAGCUGAGCAGGGGCGGCACCAACGACCUGUGUCUGCUCAAGUACCUCAACCAAGAAGUGAACGAGCUCUCCAAGAAGAUCAGCGAUGCCGUGUCGUCGGGCAAGAAGCCGGCCCGCGCUCCUUCGAGCCCGCAGCCCCAGACCGGCGGAGGUGGAGGUGGAGGUGGAGGUGGAGGUGGAGGUGGAGGUGGAGGUGGAGGUGGAGGUGGAGGUGGAGGUGGAGGUGGAGGUGGAGGUGGAGGUGGAAGCGACAGCGGUGGCGGCGCGCAGAAGCCGGGAGAGGGCAAGCUGCAGCAGGGUGGUGCCACUGGGGCCGCCGCCGUGCAGAAGGCCGCAGCCACGGCGGGGAUGUCGCUCGUCAACGUGAGCCCGGCCGAGAUCAAUGAAUGGACGCAGCAGCUCAACAAUCUGCAGCUGCGCAUCGACGAGAUCAUGCCCUUCCACUACAGCAAGGACGAGCGCGAACGGAUGCUCCAGAUUCGCAGUGAGGCGCAAGCAAAGCUGGACGGCCUGCACCGCAUUCUCGCCGAGCUGUCUCGUGGCGCUGUCUCGACGGCCGUCAUCGCACGAGCCAACGACAUUCGAUUCGCGGCCGUGUUCUCGAAGGCCCGUCGACAGCGUAAGAUGGACGUGCGCGCUCAGAAGAACGCCAAGGAGAUGCAGCGGCUCGAGAAGCUGCUCGCGGAACUCGAAACCGAGGAAGAGGAGUUGAAGGAUGUGUCGGAGGACUCCAAGGAGUUCUUUGAUUGCAUGCUCACCCAGAUGAACUGGACGGAGCUCCUGCUCGAGGACCAGGACGUGCUGGGCGUGGGCUUGGCCGUGGCCCGUCCCGAGGUGUCGAUCGACGACUCGACCCAGAUCCGCAUCUUCGACAUCUCCAACACCUUCAUGGCCAAGUCCGCCAUGGAGGACGCCAUCAAGUACUCGCUCGACUCCAAGGAUGCUAUUCGCACCCACGGCGGCUUCGAAAUGGCGCGCAAGAUCGCCGUGGCGCUACGGGGUAAGGGGCGGGAACCGAUCAACGCCUGGUUGCCGCUCUACAUCCACAAGGCCCACUGGGAGCGUGUCAAGAUUCUUCUCAAGCCCAUCCUGGGUUAUUUCUGCACGUUGGACCCGCUCGGCUACGACAUCAAGCAGCUGGACGUCCUGUUCCUCAUCCUGGGCACCAUGAUCGUGCGGCUGGGCAGCGAGCCCGGCGAGUUCCAGCUCAAGCUGCUCUUCUCCUUCAUGCGCCUGUGCGUCGAGGCGGCCAAGGACUUCCGCUGGAUCGACCACAUCCGGCGCGUGGUCACAACCUUCAUCGAGUCGCCCGCCGGGCGCACCAAGGACCAGCUCCCCAACCUGCUCGUGCUCGUGGGCUACCUUCUCGUCGUACCGUCGCACGAGCUUGGCCUCGACAACGACCGAGUGUGGAAGAGCUUCUGGUCCGCCUUCCUUGAGGAGGCGAUGAGGAGGAGCUCGGACUCGAUCUUCUACAACGCCAACGAGUUCGAGGUGCUGGGUCUGCUGGACGUGCUGGCCAGGGGCAGGUCCUACCGGGAGCCCGUCCUCAACAGCGCCGACGCGGUCGUCCUGCUCGCCGAGACGGGCAAGGACUUCAGCGGUGAUAAGCUGUUCAAGUUCCCCUUUGAGGUGCCGGAGGGACAUGGCGCGGUCAUUGCCGACGAGCCCGCUCGCUACGACCCCAAGCGCCUCGUGAAAUCGAUGAUGGACGCGACGCGGUACUUCGAGCACCGGCUCAAUGAAACGGGCUACCCCAACAUCGAGGCCAUGCUGUCAUCAAUCACCUUUAUCCGCCAGUGGCUCUUCCUCCAGAAGCACUACUUGCACGAUCUCACCAACAUCACUCAGCAGAUGGAUGACCGCGACGGAUUGGUGCCUGACGCGUGGGUGUCGUUCUUCAAGGACGACUUCGCCAUCCGGUUGAGCGGGGUAGACGGCGCGCCGACCCUCCACUCCAUGUUUCGCCACAUCUUCAAACUCGCGCCCAGCACGGUCAAGCCGCCUCGCAUUCGCACCCUCAAGGCUGCCUCCGGCGGCGGCGGUGGUGGCGAUGAUGGAGGCGACGACGAUGGCGACGAUGGUGAUGAGGAUAAGGAAGAUCCUAAGAAGGAUGAAGAGGAGGACAAGAAGGGCAAGGGCAAGGGGCAGAGCGACGAGGAUGAACCGGAGGAGCCCCACUACAUGCGAGCAGCGCUGGCCCAGGCCAUCCGCUACCGCUCCAACAAGAAGGCCAGGACCGCGAUCGAAAACGAAAGCUUCCUGCGCGCAUUCGAUGAUCCCUUCAACGUGCUCACCGACCUUCACGACCAGCUUGAGCACAAGCGCGAAGCCGAGCGAGCCAAGUUGGAGCUGGCGCGACUGGCCAGGGCGAAGAACCACAACUAUCGAGAGAACAUGGAGCUCAAGAAGCAGCUGCUGGCUGACCUACGCGGCCACCUGCACUUGCCUGCGCAGUGGAACUCGCUGAGGUACCUGCCGCUGAUCAUGGGCCUCUUCCACAGCGCCGCUGGACCCUAUAGCCCGCACUUCUCGUCGGGUGAGGACUGGUAA